UUCUUUCAUUUGGAAGAGGAAGUAGGGUCGAGAGGCACGAAACGAAAAUCCUGUGCGAAAGGAGAGACUCAUCACUUGUCCCGCCUUCCCAUACUCACUCUCUGUGGAUCACCAAGUUAACUCAUUCACACAAUUCUUUCUUUCUCUCACUAUAAAACAUUUGUCCUCAAACUUCGCUGCCAUACUCACCUCUCUCUCCACCACCACCCACCAUGGAGCUCCGCCGCCGCUCCUCCGCCGCGGCCAAAGCCUCCGACGCCCUCCCCCUCCCUCUCCACGUCACCAACGCCUUCUUCUUCACCCUUUUCUUCUCCCUCGCCUACUACCUCCUCCAGCGGUGGCGCGACAAGAUCCGCUCCUCCUCCCCUCUCCACCUCCUCUCCCUCUCCGACAUCGCCGCCAUCUUCGCCCUCCUCGCCUCCGUCAUCUACCUCCUUGGCUUCUUCGGCAUCCACUUCGUCCAGUCCUUCGUUGCACGUCCCGCCGACGAAGAACCAUCCCAAUGCGCCUCCAUUGACAGAGCCGACGAGGAUAUCGCCAACUCCAUCAUAGAAGGAGACGCACAGCCUUCUCCCUUGUGCAGGGUCGACAAUGAUAUGAAGGGAAAGAAAGUCAUACAGCGUCCUUUCGAAUGUACCAAACCAAUUCUUACCGAACUGAUUUCGUCCAUUGACAGAGUGGACAGUGAUAAUAUCAUUGCCGACCCUGUCAUUAACGGAAAAGAAGCCGUGCAACCUUCUUUCCAAUGUACGAAACCAAUUCUCACCAAACUGAUUUCGUCCGACGAUGAUAUCAUCAUUGUCGACUCUGUCAUAAACGGGACCGUCCCAUCGUAUUCUCUCGAAUCGUGCCUGGGGGAUUCCCGCCGGGCGGCAGCGAUCCGGCGGGAGGUGGUGCAGAGAGAAACGGGGCGGUCGCUGGCGGGUCUACCCCUGGAGGAUUUUGAUUACGAUGCAAUUCUGGGGCAGUGCUGCGAGAUGCCGGUGGGGUACGUGCAGCUUCCGGUGGGGGUGGCGGGGCCGCUGCUGCUGGACGGGGCGGAGUACACGGUGCCGAUGGCGACGACGGAGGGGUGCCUCGUGGCGAGUACAAACAGAGGGUGCAAGGCGAUUUACGCGUCCGGUGGGGCGAGCAGUGUGGUGUUCAGAGAUGGGAUGAGUAGAGCGCCGGUUGUGAGAUUCGCGACCGUGACUAGGGCUGCGGAGUUGAUGUUCUAUUUGGAAGAUCCUCUCAAUUUUGAUACCUUGGCGGUCGUUUUCAACAGGUCAAGUAGAUUUGGCAGGCUUCAAAGCAUUAAGUGCUCUAUUGCAGGGAAGAAUGUUUAUAUUAGAUUUACCUGUAGCACAGGUGACGCCAUGGGGAUGAACAUGGUUUCCAAAGGGGUCCAGAAUGUUCUUGAUUUCCUUCAAAGUGAUUUCCCUGAUAUGGAUGUUAUUGGCAUCUCUGGAAAUUACUGUUCAGACAAGAAACCUGCUGCAGUAAAUUGGAUUGAGGGACGUGGGAAGUCAGUGGUUUGUGAAGCAAUUAUCAAAGAUGAUGUGGUGAAGAAGGUGCUGAAGACCAGUGUGGCUGCUUUGGUAGAGCUUAACAUGCUCAAAAACCUUGCUGGUUCUGCUGUUGCUGGUGCUCUUGGUGGAUUCAAUGCUCAUGCCAGCAACAUUGUUUCUGCCAUUUUUAUAGCCACUGGUCAAGAUCCAGCUCAGAAUGUGGAGAGUUCUCAUUGCAUAACCAUGAUGGAAGCCGUGAAUGAUGGCAGAGACCUUCACAUCUCAGUGACCAUGCCUUCCAUAGAGGUUGGUACAGUGGGGGGUGGAACACAACUACCAUCUCAAUCUGCUUGCUUGAAUCUGCUCGGCGUAAAGGGUGCGAGCAAGGAUUCACCGGGAUCGAACUCGAGACUUUUGGCCACCAUUGUUGCUGGAUCUGUUCUAGCAGGGGAGCUGUCACUGAUGUCUGCUAUAGCUGCAGGGCAGCUAGUGAAGAGCCACAUGAAAUAUAACAGAUCAAGCAAAGAUAUGUCUAAAGUGUCAUCAUCCUGAGAAGGAAGGAGCAUGUGGUUCCAGCCUUACUUGAUGCCAAAAGCAGAGAAAAGCGUCGUUUUGAUGGGUCAGGAAUUUUGAGAGGGAAAAGGAAGACAUCACUUUGCUGGCACCCCAUGUGAGGUUUUUUGGCUUGUAUUGAUUGAUGUCUGGGAAUGUAUCAUUAGUUGUAAUGUGCAAAAGCAGAGGUCUUCUUUAUUGGUGACCCCCCUCUGGACCAUUCAUUCAUUAUACAAGUUUGGUAGCAUAGAUGGUGAUCCAUUGGUUGGAUCUUAAGGUUCUCCGAAGCCUGAGAUAUUUUUUAUGGGUUGUAUUAUAAAUUCUAGGCUUAAUUAUUAUUUCUCAUUCAAUUUGUGGUAUGUAUUUUUUUAGUUCUUAAGAUUUAAAAUUGUUUUUUUUUUCUGAGCUUUGAUAAAUUAUUAUAUGUAGUGUCUGAUAUGAUAAAUUGACACUUUGAUU